AUGGAGGAGGAAGAUGAAGUUCAGAUUGAAGAGAGAAUAAAGGAAAGUGGAUAUAAGGGGUCUUUUCCACAAACAGAGGAAGAAGCAAAUGCUGUUGACGAUCUUCUCGCAAACGAACUCGCAGAGCUUAGCUUGCUGGAGCAAGACAAGGCCACGUUCGACUUGCACGGAAUAUCAACAGAAAUAGAAGAAACAGAAGAGUUGAUCGAAUCGAGUCUCAAAGAAAUGGAGAAGGAGAUACAUAAUAUCAAGAAGAAGCCAGCCUUCGAAAAGGCUGUGAAACUGAACCCAAAUUAUGUAAAUAGUCGACAAUUUCGGAUCCGAUUCCUUCGAUGUGAAUUCUUCAAAUGCAAGAAUGCGGCCAAGAGGCUAGUUUUUCAUUUUGAAAAGAAAGAAGUGUUGUUCGGAGAUGGCGAAGUGCUCGGGCGAGAUGUCCACUUAUCAGAUCUCUCAUCUCCCCAAGAUAUCGAGCAUGUGAAAUCCGGAGGUAUACAAGUUCUUCCGACAAGAGAUAUAGCAGGACGCUCAGUACUAUUGUGGAUGCCUGGUAAUUUCAAGGGGAAGAAGUAUAUUCUUAAGAGCACACAACGGCUUUUCUACUAUGUUGUAGAUUCAGCAUCGCGGGAAGAAGAAACCCAGAAGAAGGGGUUCGUAACUGUGUUUUGGAAUAUUGGGCCAAGAGGGAUGCCUCCAACCAUUGCGCUUUUCAAGAAUCUCCACGCCAUUCGUUUGGCUAUGCCGCAUCGUAUGUGUGGCCUACAUUUUUGCUUUGAUUACAAAGCGCUUCGUCCGAUGGUGUCUGGGAUGAGGUACUUUAUGGAUAAACAUGCGAGGAAGCGCUUUCGCGUUCAUUAUGGGGAUGAACAGAAGGUCGCAUUUCAGUUGCAGACAUAUGGUAUUCCAUUUGAUGAUGGAUCCCCAAUGAAGGUGAUAAAUGGGCAAUUCAAUUUGACGUGGCAUCAAAACUGGCUUCAAUUGCGUCAAGCACAGGAAGGGGGCUCUACAGAUCAAAAGCAGCGUAUUACAAUCCCGCAUCGGUUCGAUGUAUUGUUUGGGAGGGGGAAUAAUGCCAGAGAGCACACGGGAAAUCUGCGAGCAACCCAUUUGGUGAAUAUGCAUCAGAAGAACUAUGACGAAGCUAACAGAUUUGCAAAGACAAGUAUAUCUGAAAAGCUGGUUGGGAUAAUCAAAGAAUCUGGAGGAAAGUUUUUAAAGUGGGAAGACUCGGGGUGGGUAGAAGUGGAGGAUGACAUCGCCAGAGAUAAGGUCAGCCACUGGUUUCGACUCAAUCGACAGAAAGGUAAUCAGAAAGAAGCAUCUGUCGAAACUCAGAAGCAGAAACGUCCAUUCAAUCAAACGUUAGAAUCAUCCUCUUGA